UGAAUUUUUGUUUGAAAACAGCAAAGAUGGUUAAAUUUCGACUUUCACAAAACAUUAACAUACACAAAAACUUCGUCGUGAUUUAAUUCAAAAGCUGGGGUAAGCAUCUUCGCUCGCAGCUCGCAAACUGUUCAUUUUUGAUUCCCAGAGAUAGAAAGAUUUUACCUCAAAGACGUAAUAGGGAAAGUAGGAGCUCAAGAAAAAUCAAGAACAUGUUCUUGAGACAAAACAAAACACAUCUCCAAGAUAACUUCCUUAUCCGGUAUGAUGUUGGUGAAACGACUUCCGUCUUUCUUGUAUGUAAAUAAAACAAGUCAUCAGAAAACUGAACGAGGAAUUAUCAUAAAUCUCGAAGAAGUAAUGACUAGUGAAAAUAUUCCUCAAUACAUUUUAUUUUUGUAAUCUUAAGUAUUUUUAAAAGUGUUUUGAUGACAGAUCAAAUGCCAAAGCCUUUCACCCGAGUACUGCGAAUUUCUACUCCUCAGCAAUCAGGGAAAGACGUGGUAAUUCUACAAAAUCUUUUAACAAGAUCUGAAUUUGUCAAAAUCAAAGUUAUACCCACUGGAGUAUAUGACAAGCAAACUGCAAAGGCAGUAUCUGAGUAUAAGAUAGGAAAUUCUUUAAAAAGCAAUAUCACAGUAUUUGACAACAUUACUGCUGCAUUGGUUCUAUAUCAACUGUCUUAUGAUCGCUACAAAGAUGAUGGCUUCAUACCAAGUGGUUAUAAAUUCAAGAUCUAUGUACCAGUACACAGAAACAGAAACAUUGAAACUGAUGGGAUUUUGAUGAAUUCUAAGGGUCUAGUACUGUAUAAAUUUCGAGUACGAGCGCAUGGUGCUGUGGACUCCAGUGGUCAUACACUGAAUCAGCUGACCACCAAUGGCAAUACACCAACUGGACUGGUGGAAUGUGAUUUGAAUACAAAAGAACCAGAUGAGAAAGCCUUUGGACCGUAUCCAGUUGUGCGUGCAGUUAAAGGUUUGAAAGGCAAUGCUGCAAUAGGCAAGAACGAAAAUGACACAUUCUUAAGUAACUACAGGUUUGGCAUUCUCAUUCACACUGGUGAAUGGAAGCAUUGGAACACAACUAUGAACAUGCCAAACAGUAAUGGCUGUAUGCAUGUCCAUCCAGAUGAUAUGAAGAAAAUUGAUGACAUAUUAAUCAGAGAAUUAAAUGUAAAAGCUAACGAAAAUCCAUUUGGUAAAAUGCCAUAUCCCUAUCCUUGCCAAGGUAUCUUAUCCAUAGAACAAAUUGAUUAAAUUAGUGGCCUUUUUAACAAACAGUCAAAGCUUGUUUCACAUGUUUUUGAAUAAUUAUUUUGUAAUAUGUAGUUGCUUUGAAACUGAUCUAAUAAUUAAUCAAAUGUGAUAUAAUUACGAUUAUGAAUGAGUUAAUAAUUGUUGAAGUUUAUAGUUAGGAUAUUUAACAUGUAACUUUGCUGUAAUUUUAUAAAUAAACUCAUCAUUUUUUUUAAA